AUUUUGUUAACAAAGCAUUUUUUGAUCAAAUUAAAAUACACAAUGCGAAAGACAUGGGUGAAGCGUGAGAACAUCUACUACAAGCCAUUCUACCGCCAGAAAUCGAAAAUGUUCCUGCUGCUGAUCUUCCUGGUCGGAAUAUCGUUCAUCGCCUAUCAGGCCUUCUCGCUGAACCAGCUGCCCGCCGUGCCCACGCCUUGGAACCUGCAGCAGCUGCGUCGCAAGCACAAGGAAAUGAUGCAGUCCCUAGGCAGCAAACAGCGCGACGUGGACCCCUUCGAUGGGGGUGGGGCAACGGAAGCAAGAGCUGCGGCCGCGGCUGUUCUGGACGGGUCAUCCGCUCCCGAUGUGGAGCCCAUCAAAAUUAUUCGAGGUACGCGCCUCUUCGACUAUGACGCGUACAAGCCGAACUUUGAGGGGAAGUUCAAGUGUCUGGACGGCAGCAAGGAGAUAGCCUUCAACCGUUUGAACGACGACUACUGCGACUGCGAGGGCGACGGCAGCGAUGAGCCCAGCACGAAUGCCUGCGCCAACGGGCGCUUCUACUGCCGCUACCAGAAGCGCCACAUAACGGGGCGCGGCCGGGACAAGUAUGUGGCCAGCAGUCGGGUGAACGACCACGUAUGUGAUUGCUGCGACGGCAGCGACGAGUGGACGACACAUGCCAAGUGCCGCAACGACUGUGCGUAGUUCCGGGCCCUGCAUAGCAGAGCCCUGGACUGGACCGAUGAAGUUAACGCGCAGACCUCCUCCUCCUCCACCUCCGCCAAGGACAAACAAAUCUCAAGGAUGAAGCAGUCUGGCGCAUCACACGCGAUAUUUUUUUACAAGUACAAUAGAAUUGUAAUUUAUUUUAAAGUAAGUAGUAGAUUGAAUAAAAGAAACAAACUGAAGAGCAA